AUAAUCUUCCACAGGUUCUGUCUGGUUUGCUAACGAGAUGAAAGCACUUUGUGAUGGUUGUGAACAGUUUAUGUGCUUCCCCCCAGGCCACAUCUAUUCAAGUAAACAAGGUGGGCUUAGGAGGUUGUACAACCCCCCGUGGUUCUCUGAGUUGGUUCCUUCAACCCCAUAUGAUCCCUUAGCGGUGCGCAAUACUUUUGAGAAGCAAGGGGAGGAGCUCUUUGGAGAUUACGAGUGGGAGAGGUUUGACUUACUGGUGCUACCUCCGAGUUUUCCUUAUGGAGGUAUGGAGAAUCCAAGAAUGGUUUUCCUGACGCCUACUGUUAUCAGAGGAGACGCCACUGGAGCUCAAGUUGUAGCUCACGAGCUCGCACAUAGCUGGACUGGGAAUUUGAUCACUAACAUCAACAACGAACAUUUCUGGUUGAAUGAGGGAUUUACAACUUACGCAGAGAGGAGAAUUGUGGAAGUUGUCCAAGGGGCGGAUAGAGCUACUCUGAAUAUUGGCAUUGGUUGGAGGGGUUUAACUGAUGAAAUGGAACGGUUUAAGGACAACUUGGAGUGCACUAAACUGUGGAACAAACAAGAAGGUGUUGAUCCAGAUGAUGUAUAUUCUCAGGUCCCAUAUGAAAAAGGAUUCCAAUUUGUGUUGCGAAUUGAGCGCCAGAUUGGAAGGACUGCAUUUGACGAAUUCCUCAAGAUAUACAUUGCUACUUUCAAGUUCAAGUCAAUCGAUGCAAACACAUUUCUUGAAUUCCUGAAAGCAAACAUCCCUGGCAUAGAGAAAGAGAUCAACCUACAGCUGUGGACUGAGGGCGUUGGUAUACCUGAGGAUGCAUAUGAACUGGCCUCAACCAUUUACACAAAGAUCAUAUCCUUGGCAAAAGAGUUUAAGGAAGGAAGGAUGCCAGGUGAGGAUGAUGGUGCUGAGUGGAACGGACAGGAAUGGGAGCUGUACUUGGAGAAUCUUACUAAAUCAUGUGAACCUUCUCAGGUCAUGGCCUUGGACAAGCGGUACAGACUAGCAGAAUCGAAGGACUAUGAAGUGAAGGUCUCGUUUCUGCAGCUUGCAGUCGCAUCCAAGUGCAGAGAGUACCAUGGGGAGGAUAAAACCGAAGAUUCUCGUCCCGAGAAGCUACAGAAACUAGCAGAGAAGACUCCAGCCAUUGUUUGAGGAUAAACAAGGUUUAAGAAUGUUGAAUCGCGCACUACUCUUCUUCUCUCAAAGACAAUACUUAUCCUCUUCUCUAGGAAUAGGAUUGAUGACCAAAAAGGCUCUCUUUUGUUCUUUUUUGGUUCUGGUGUUUUGUAAGACUCCAUGGAAACUGAGUUGAGUUAGCAACGAAUUGUGAGUUUCUGUGGAUGUGUACGUAAAAGUUGCUGGUGAUUUUCUGUUUUUGGUGUUAUUAGGCAAUCCAUGAAAGCUUGAUACUUCAGAUUAUGAACGUUGUUCUCAUGAAUCAGAUUCUUUCUUUCUUUUCUCUA